AUGCAUCUGCCCAUGUACAGGAGCCUGGUCGGCAUUGGAUGCAGGUCUAUAAAUUCACUCCAGCAGCCUCUCCGCUCCCUCUCAUCGCAGUCGAGCUCUCCCGCCGCAGACGUCAGUAAGGGAGAGGAGGCCGCGGCCAGGCCGACCUGGAAGCGCGUCAAACCAGUCUAUGUCGUCCCGACUUGGACGCCUCCCCCUAAGAAGAUAGUAGCAGCCGCGGUGGUUGAGCGUCUUCCGUUGAUAACUCCUGACAUGAGAGACUGGGAAGAGGCCAUGUUGGACUUGCAGAUGCGGAAACUUGAAGCUAUAGGAAAGAGGCUGCCCCCUGAGAUGGAAUACAAACCGCACGAGCUGCACAAGACAGAGGCAGACGAGUACGAGGCCAUGACGGACGAGGAGAUUAUCGCAACCGCGUAUCCCCGAAAGACUGAGGCGGAUUUGAAAGGCGACAAACGUGCGGCCUGGAGGAGGCUGGACCGGAGAGUUUUCCUUGUCAUCCAACGGAACAAGCCUGCCGAUAUUCUACAAGGCGAGACUGAGUGGAACUUUCCACAGAGUCUGAGACAAGAGGGAGAGACGAUGCGAGACGCUGUUAUGCGCACCAUGACAACGCUGGUUCAAGAUACUGCUCAGCUGUUUCCCGUCGGGUUCUGUCCUAUGGGCUACGUCGACCGAGGGACUGGAGAUGAUCGGUCGAGGGUGUUUUAUUACAAAGUUCAGUACAUCGAGGGAUCGUUGACUCCUGUCAAGGAGAUCGCCAAGGACCAUGUGUGGCUCCUUCAAGAGGAAUUGAAAGACUACCUCGAUGCCGACCUUGCAAAGAUCACUGAAGUCAUCUGCGACCAAUAA